CCUCCUGGGGCGGGGAGCCCGGAGGCUGGGGGAGGGGGUGGACUUUUGGCCUGUUUCUUUUAUUCCCUCCAUCUCUUCGUCAACAGCUGCCUGGUGCUGGAGGCUCAUUCCUCUGCCCAGACCUUCCAGGAAGCAGAGAACCCGGAGAGAGGGCCGGGGCGGAAACCGGGAGACAGAGCCGAGGCCCAGACCGCAGCUGACCUCCCUUUCUCGCGCCGCAGCCUGCCUUAGCACCCCACCUUAGCCGAAGCCCCUCAAGGUCUCGCGGGGCUCAGCCCCUCCCCUUCUCUGGGGCCCCCGGCGCCCCUCGGGGCCCUGCGUCCCACCAUGUCGCUGGCCGUGGAGACCUUCGGCUUCUUCAUGGGAGCCCUGGGGCUGCUGAUGCUGGGGGUGACCCUGUCCCACAGCUCCUGGCGCGUGUCCACCGUGCACGGGAGCGUCAUCACCACCAACACCAUCUUCGAGAACCUCUGGUUCAGCUGUGCCACGGACUCCAUGGGCGUCUACAACUGCCGCGAGUUUCCGUCCUUGCUGGCCCUCUCCGGGUACAUCCAGGCCUGCCGGGCGCUCAUGAUCACCGCCAUCUUCCUGGGCUUCCUGGGCCUCUUCCUAGGCAUAGUGGGGCUGCGCUGCGUAAACAUUGGGAGUAUGGAGCUCUCCAGGAAGGCCAAGCUGGCGGCCACUGCAGGGGCCCUACACAUACUGGCUGGUCUCUGUGGGAUGGUGGCCAUCUCCUGGUACGCCUUCAACAUCACCCAGGAAUUCUUUGACCCCUUGUAUCCUGGGACCAAGUACGAGCUGGGCCCCGCCCUCUACCUGGGCUGGAGCGCCUCCAUGCUCGCCAUCCUGGGGGGCUUCUGCCUUGGCUCUGGCUGCUGCCGCGCUCCCGACGCAGACCAGGCCCCCAGGCUCCCCUACAAGGCCUCCGUAAUGCGGUCCCCUGUCCUCACUGGCGGCCUGCGCCCCGCGGCCUCGGACGAAGGGGACAGCACCUUUGGCAAAUACGGGAAGAACGCCUACGUGUAGGACGCCAAUGGACCCCAUUGCCCUCCCAAUGCCCCAGCGGAGAAAGGCCUCCUGAACCUCGGGCGGUAGGCCGUGCUCCAACUCCACCCCAUGGCCAGAAGCCACGCCCAGCUCUGACCGCUCCUCUGGCCCCGCCUCCCACCCCGGCCACGCCUCCUCCAUCCGGCCGGGAACCUGCCUCCUUAGAACUCAGCGCGGACUCCUGGGGCAGGACCUGGGUCUGGGCGCUGGUUGGCUAAGGGGGUGGAGGCGUCCCCUACCGUUUGUAUUGUGUAUAAAUACAUGAAUGAAUAAAUUUGUACUGUGAACUGUUCAGGGAUGAAGUGGCUGUCCAAGCG